UGACAAUCAAUUAACUUUAAUUAAUCUAAAAGAAAAUAAUCAAAAUGUUUUUGAGAAUUGAAAUAUUGAUGUUAAUUUUUUCAUUUACUUUUAAUGUAAUAAUUCAAGUUAAAUGUAAAAAUAGCCAUUGGAAUUUCAAUGCGAGCUCGUGCAGCAAUGUUUUAUCUCCGGAAGUAAUAAAUGAAAUCAACAAGUACUCUCCGGUUGUUAAUCAGAUAAUAAACACUGCAAUCAAUGGAAGUUUUAAGGGGAAAACAUGGCAUGAACUUGCAGACUUUGUUGAUGAGUUUGGAUCAAGAUUUACUGGCACUCAAAACCUUGAAAAUGCUAUAGACUAUGUACUUGCAAAGUCAAGGGAUUUGGGGUUGGAAAAUGUCCACGGAGAAUCAGCACCUGUUCCUCGAUGGGUUAGAGGACAAGAGUCGGCGACACUUUUAUCACCACGUGAAAAAGACAUAAAGAUGCUGGGAUUGGGAUAUUCAGUAGGGACAUCGCCGGAAGGAAUAACAGCGGAAGCCAUCGUAGUAAAAAGUUUCGAAGAACUGGAAAUGCGUGCUGAAGAAGUGGCUGGGAAAAUAGUUGUUUAUAAUCAAAAGUAUGAGAGCUAUGGAAAAACUGUAAUAUACAGAUCUAAAGGAGCUGAUGCAGCUGCAGCACAUGGAGCUGUAGCUGUGCUAAUUCGAUCAAUUACACCUUUCUCUAUUUACUCUCCGCAUACAGGAAUGAUGGAUUACAGUGGAAAGGUUGUGAAAAUUCCAGCAGCAUGUAUUACUAUUGAGGAUGCUAAUUUACUGGGAAGAAUGGCAAUAAGAGGAAGAAAUAUAACAAUUAAAUUAGUAAUGCAAGCACAGCAGCUUCCUGAUGGUGAAUCUCGAAAUGUUGUGGCAGAAAUUACUGGAAGUGGUAAACCAAACAAAGUUGUUGUGGUAUCGGGUCACAUUGACAGUUGGGAUGUUGGUCAGGGGGCAAUGGAUGAUGGUGGGGGUGCAUUCACUUCUUGGAGUUCUUUGGUAUUACUCAAGUCAUUGAACCUUAGAGCAAAAAGGACUAUUAGAUCUAUCAUGUGGACAGCAGAAGAAAUGGGAAUCAUUGGAGCGAAUUACUAUAUUCAACAGCAUAAAGCUGAAGAAAAAGAUCUUCAAUUAGUAAUGGAGUCAGAUAUAGGAACAUUUAUGCCACUUGGAUGGGAAGCUACUGGAUCUCCAGAAGUUAUUUGUAUCCUUAGUAAAAUAACUAAAAUGAUAUCAACAAUGACUCCUUUAGGAGUUAAAAUGCCUCACAGUGGACCAGAUAUCGAAGGAUGGGUGAAUGCAGGAAUACCAGGAGCUUCUUUAUGGAAUAAAAAUGAACGAUAUUUUUGGUUCCACCAUUCAGAGGGUGAUACUAUGAAUGUAGAGGCACCAGAGAAUUUAGAUAUGGCAACAGCAUUAUUCGCAGCAACUGCUUAUAUUGCUGCUGAUAUAAGUUUGGAUUUCCCUCGACAUAAUUAAUCAAUGAUAACCGGAUUAAUGUUUUUAGAAAUGUAACUUAAUUAAAAAUAAUGAACCUUACUUAAUAAAAUUAAGAAUUAAAUAUU